AUGGAUGUGGAAGCUGACAUCUCUGAGGACAUUACAGACAUCGGUGAUGUGUCCGCGCAGUGUGCAGCACAGUGCCUGGAGGUGGAGGCACCGAAGCCAUAUGACCAGGAGCUUUACCAGCUCUUAUCCCACGCAGCUGAAAGUGGCGACCUGGAGAGCCUGCUGACGAUCACAGAUACCCAUCUUACGGAACUCAGCAGUAUCAAUGCGGCUUUCGCCCUGAUACAUGCAGCUCGGAUGCUGCAGGUGGGCAGCCCAAAACGAGAUGGCCUUCGUUCUCCCAAGCUGGUCAAUCUGAUUCGACAUGUUGAAAACAUCGUGAUGGGACACCGCUUACAAGGUGCGGUUGCGGCUGAAACCGGCGAGUCAGAGGACUCGUCAUCCGAGGUGAUGAAGGUCGAGGACCAAGGCCUUCACAUGGCUUGGACCGUUUCUGUGAUUUGCUGGGGUCUGGGUCUUCUCGGUCAUAAGAAUGACAAGCUUCUGUCGUGCUUAGCCAGCAUGGUGAAGCCACUUCUGCCACACCUCAGUCCUCAUCAGCUGCAGAAUUGCUUAUGGGCUUUUGCGUCGUUGGAGAUGAAGGAUUCCGGGCCUUUUUUCGGGGCGGCGGUCGAAAUCAUCGAACCUCGCAUCACGCUUUUCAGUCACGAGAGCCUGGUGGCCAUCCUGACUUCUUUCGCAAUGGUGAAGGUCUUGAGUGCGAAUCUUUUCGAUGCGGCUGCAAAGGUGCUAGUGGAGGCUGGAGACACUCUUCGGCCUCAGGACGUUGCCAAUUGCACGUGGGCAUUCGCAACUUUGCGGCAUCCGCAUCCAGAAAUAUUUUCAGGCUUGGGUGCCUCUGCAGCACGGAGGCUCCACGAGUUCCGCCCGGAGCAGGUGGCUGUCUUGGUCUGGGCCUUCGCGCUGGUUCGAUGGCGCCUGGAGAAGCUGUUUGAGGCAGUCCAGCAUGAUGUCGUGGACCGAUACACUCACUUCAGUCCCGACAGCCUGGCCAACGUUCUUCAUUCCUUCACCUUGGUGGGUCAUGACGGUGCACAAGUGAUCCUGGAGGCCAGUCCCCUCGUCCGCACUGUUCGUGUGCUAUUGGUCGCACUGAGCAGCUGUCCGCACACUCUUGCACAGACGUGCAGGCCGCUGUGCUCGUUCGACUCGCAGUACACGCAAAGCUGCCAAGUUAGCCGCUGGUACACAACAGCCUUGCUAGAAAGGCUGCAGGGUGACGGCGUCUGGGGGCAGAUUGCUGCCAAGAGCUUUUCAUGUGAAAGCUUGAACGGCUCUGACUGCGAAAAUGCCACAUCGUGUCAAGUUUCUGGGGGUGGCUGUGCCGCUGACCGGGCUUGGAUGGCAAGGAAGCUGGCUAGCCCUUUGUGGCAAGGCGGGGCGAGCUUGGGGGCAAAGUGUGGCCUGCUGGGUCAAGUGAUGGCCGGGGAAGCCGAGUGUAUGGAAAUGGACGAGGAUGCAUGUGAUUCGUACAAUGGCACUGCUGGCUGCCUGUGGGAUCCUGUGCGAUCGUCCUGCGGCCUCCCACCUGCAGUGGUCCUUGCAUUGCUGCGGCAGGACUUCCGUGAUGAGCUCGUGCGGUUGGCUCUGCGACGAGAGCGCUGUGCAUCCGUUGCAUCUCAAGAUCUGUGCAAAGGGUCUUGUUGGUGGGAUGCCGCCGCAAUGCGCUGCAAUCUGUUGGCCGUGGAAGCUCUGCUGGCCGUCGUUGAUGAAGAUUGUCCGCUCAGGACCGUGCUGAGCACACAAGCUGCUUGUGACGAGCUUUCUGAAGAAAGCUGUCGGGCAGCAGCGUGGCAAAGUGGAACCCAAGACUGCAUCUGGGUGAACGGUUGCCAAGCGAAUCCUCGCACUCUGGAGAUGGUGUUGCUCCGGCAGCUAGGACUAAUGACCGCACAGAUGGAGGACUCCAUGACGUCUUCCAUGGCAACCUGCGGAAAUUUGACAGACUGCGAUGCCCAGACGCCUGCAUUCUGCGUGGAAGACCUGCCGCCACUGCACGGGGUGGCCGCACCACACAUUGCGACUAACCUCUCAGAAUACAAGUCGAAGGCUCUUGCUAAGCUUGUCUUUGCGGCAACCAAGACGUCUGUCAAGGGCGACUUGGUGGAGAUCCUUGCGCAAGAAUUCCUGCGGCCCCUUCUAACUGCUAUGCUGCUCGCGUUCUGGAAGGCGGAUUUGAGCAACCCCGACUUUUUUCGUCAGGCUGCUUCCAAGGUGCGGGCCUGCUUGAAAGACUUCGAGACGUCUGGGUUCAUACGUCUGCUGAGGAUCUUUGCAGCAGCUGGAGCCAUGGAGCCCGCCUUUGUUCAGGACAUGGUUGAUGAGGCACAGCGGCGCUUGCCAAGCCUCCGAGCGACAGAGCUUGUCAAUCUGGCGAAGACCUUGCUUCAGAUUGGGCAAGCUUCGCCCUUUCUCUUGGAAAACUUGGCAGAGCAUGGGGACAAAGUCCUUCCGCAGAUGUCCCAGAAGGAGCUCACGAGCUUCCUGCGAUCGCUGAGUGGCCUUGGCCUGACCUCGGCCUCUUCGAGCGGCGAGGCCUUGUUCAGGCAGGCGGCCUCCAAGAAGUUUCGAGAGCGAUCUGUCUCACGUGUGAAGGACGAUCGUCGGUACUCUCUGAAGUCUUCUGAUCUUGCUUGCUUGUCCAGAGUCUUUGCCCGCGCAGCAGCUGCCACUGGUCCGCUCACGGACAAGUAUCAGGCAUCGGCAGAGACCCCGGCCGAGCUUCGGGAGGCCAUCAACACCUUCUUGCAAGCAGCAGUGGAGGAGGCACGGCAGCGAUUGGAUGAGUUUCAAGCUUCGCCUGCUUGUUUGGUGGGGGUGCUUUGGGCUGCCUCCGAGUGCAAAGUGGAAUGCGAGUCGCUCAUGCAGGCGACGAUCGCCGUGCUUCUGCCGUCUGAUGCGGGAGGUUGUGACAACAAUCUUCAGAGACUCCAGCUGCCCGAACUGGCGGAACUGGCAAAGGCGCUCACCCACCUGGGCGUGGAGCAAGUGGAGUUGUACAAAGCACUGGCCGACGUUGCAGUAGCGUGCAUGCAGGCACAGGGUUGGGUAGGGCCUCCAGAAGAGCACCUUGUUCCUGCCGCCGAACUCCUCAGCCUUCUGGCGACAGUCGGGAUUUCGGCGUCAGUGCUUGCAUCCACUGCGGCAGACAAAGUUCUUUCAGUGUUGGACCAAGCCGACACUGGGGAGAUCAAGCUCCCUGCUUGGGUCAUUGCACGUUGCAUCGCUGGGCUCGCUCUUUCCGUCCCGGUGGGUCGAAUUCUCGGGGCAUUGAAGCUCCUGGCUCGUGCUGCGACGGCACGGGCGGUCGAGCUCCUUCCGGAGGAACGUGCCUUGAUUUUCUGGAGCCUAAGCUUGCAGGGCUGCUACGAGGAGUUCUUUGAAGCAGUUUUGGAGCAGACACCAUGGACUCUGUGGGCACCGAAGUUGCAGGACGAGCUGGUUAUCAGCGGAAAUGGGUAUGUUCCGUCACCAAAACUCGUGGCCUUGUGCCAGGUUCAUCUUGCUGAUCUGGCCUUGCGCAUUGAAGGCGGAGGAGAUCGAGCGGGUCUUUCUGCGGCGCAGAGGAGCCAUGUUGUGGAAGCUGCCCAAGUCAUGGCGCGCAUACGGCCCGAGAUACCGGCAGAGGCAGAGCCCAUCUCCCAAGCACUGAUUUCCAUGGACCUGCUGCCAUCACUCGGAAGCAGUACGCCAGAAGGUUUGCCCUUGAGCAUUCGGGUCAGCUCUUCGUCUAUCCGGGGUUCGGCUGCGUCGACUGUGUCCAUCGAGGUGGAUCGCCCUGGAGACCUGCUCUUCGACAUCGACUCGGGGAAAGCACAUCGCUUUUUGCCUACUGCAUUGAGAAGACGCUUGCUUUGGUGUUUGGGCUACACCGUGGUGGUUCUGCCCUGGUAUGAGGUCAACUGCGACAAUGAGCAGCUGGUAGCUCGCCUGCGUGCGAGACUGGCUGAGGUGUCGCCACCACGACCACGCUUCAUUUCCGAUCGAGGUGGGCAGUCCAAGCUGCAUGAGGCUGAUGAAAGAAAUCGGGUGAGCAGCGCUGAGGCCAGCGGGAACAGCAGCUCCAGUGUGUCUUCCUGGCAAGCGAUGAGGCCACCUCCCGGGCUCUGA